AUGCAUGAUAUUGCCCUCUGGCUCAUAGAGAAGCGCAAACACCAAAUUCUCAGUCCAUUCAUUCAUUCGGAGCAUCACCACCAUCAAUUCUUCCUGGUUUUGAAUGCGGCACGGGGCGUUGUGGUGGGUUCCUGUGCCCUCAAUAUGAUACUGGGCAUGCCUUCUUAUCCGGCCAAUGACCUGAACAUUGUCGUGCCAGAGGGAGAGUUUGACAACAUGGAUGAAUUUAUAACGGUUCGCCUGGGGUUUGUCAGUGGUACCACCACUAUACACAGGAUCAUGAAGGGUACAAUCCAAACUUUCACCAAAUAUACACAUCUCGGAAUCUCUAUCACACUUUCGGAGGCGAAGGACAAAGAUGUUGUGCAAGUGAUCAUGAAGAGUCCCACCACGGCCGAUAUGUCUUUUAUGACCCCCAGGAGUGCUGCAACCUUUUACCCUGACAUGACAUUCGAGCAUGUCAGUUGCUUGACUGACACAGCAAAAAGGAUGGUUGAGAGCGAGAAAUUUGGGAGCAUGCGUUGUCCUGCAUGA